AUGACCAGCAACACUGCUGAAAGCUUCAAUAGUGUUAAAGAAGAGUUCAGGAAAUAUCCAAUAACUACUUUGGUUGAAUUUAUCAGGUUCACACUACAAUCGUGGUUCGCUGAUCGCCUCGAAAAUGCUGACAAAUGUACAAUCCCUUUGGCCACGCUCUUUGAAAAAAACUUGGCGAAAAUUCAUGAAAAUGCAAGGUACAGGUGCGUCCAACGAAAUGGAGCCAGUUUGUAUAACGUUUGUAGGGGACCUAACGGUGAAAAAGGUGGUGAUGUGAACCUAGUUGAAAGAACAUUCACCUGUGGCGUGUUUACGUUAUUGAAACUCCCCUACCUUCAUGCAUGUGCCGCGGCAUUGAAAACGAAUACAAGUGUGUACACGCUUUGCUCACCUUAUUAUUCGAAAGAAACAUGGAAGAAGAUUUACGAUGAUACCAUCAAUCUUGCUAGUGAUGAGGAUGAUUGGGCUCUCCCAGAACACAUCAAGAAUAUGAAAGUUGGGGUACCUGUGGAAAAGAAGCCUAUAGUCGUCUGA